GGCGUGGCUUCGCAAAAAAACAUGGCCGCGCCCGGAGAAAUCAUGUUGGAUUAAACUGCCUGUGAACGAUUUGUAUAUUUAUUGAACAUAAUAAUUUUACACAUACGUUUAUUUACCUAUACUGAAAAGACAAUGAAGACGUUUUGCGGUCGUGCGAAUCCAACAACAGGAGCGCUGGACUGGGUUGAGGAAAGCGAGGAGUAUGACUAUCAUCAGGAGAUUGCGAGGUCUUGUUAUGCAGAUAUGCUCCAUGAUAAAGACAGAAAUGAGAAAUAUUAUGAGGGUAUUCGAGCGGCUGUGAGGCGGGUAAAGGCCCGCGGGGAGCGACCGGUGGUUCUAGACAUUGGCACCGGGACAGGUUUGCUCUCUAUGAUGGCAGUGACGGCUGGUGCUGAUUUCUGCUAUGCUAUAGAGGUGUUUAAGCCAAUGGCACAGGCAGCCUCGUGCAUCGUCGAGAGAAACGACUUCUCUGACAAAAUCAAAAUCAUCAACAAACACUCCACUGAGGUCACGGUCGGGCCAGAUGGAGAUAUGCAGGAAAGAGCAAACAUCCUGGUGACAGAGCUGUUCGACACAGAGCUGAUUGGUGAAGGAGCUUUGCCAAGUUAUGAACACGCACACAUGCACCUCGUCCAGACGGGUUGUGAAGCAGUUCCUCAUCGCGCCACAGUCUAUGCCCAGCUGGUGGAGUCAGACAUGCUGUGGAAGUGGGCACAGAUACGGCCCAUAGAGGUGGACGGGCACAGACUGAUGCCCCCGAGGGCUGUGGAGGAGUGUGCAGGAGCGCCAUCUGUCUGUGACAUCCAGCUAAGUCAGGUGCCUACAGAUGCCUUCACUGCCAUCAGCCCCGUCUGCACCAUGUUCAGUGUUGAUUUCAGUAAGCCAGUUAGCAGCGCUGCUCAGUCCUACACAGUACGCUUCAAGUCUCAGACUGGCGGGAAGGCACAGGUGGUCUUAUCCUGGUGGGACAUUGACAUGGACCCUGAGGGAAACAUUGUGUGUACCAUGGCCCCCAGCUGGAGCUAUGCAGACCCUCAAGCUUACCCUUGGAGGGAUCACUGGAUGCAGAGCGUCUACUUCCUCCCUGCAGAGGAGAAUGUGUCAGAAGGGGAAGAGCUGACGCUAAUGGUCUCUCAUGAUGAUUACAGUCUCUGGUACAGCCUUACACACAGUGAGGAAAAUGAAGUCCGGGUGGCUCCGUUUCGGCCGUGCUGCACUUGUCAGGCUCACCUGGUCUGGACGAGACCUCGCUUUGGAGAACUGAACGAUGAACAGAGGACUGAGAGUUACGUCAACGCAUUGCGCAGUAUUCUGAAACCUGACAGCGUGUGUUUAUCUGUCAGUGAUGGAAGCCUGCUACCUGUUUUUGCUCAUCUGCUUGGAUCAAAGAAGGUGUUCAGUUUAGAAAAUUCUGGAAUGGCCAAACAAGUGAUUGAGCAGAUGCUUCAUACUAACUCACUAAAGGAUGGAGUACAGCUGCUGGGAAUACGAGCUGAGCAGCUCUCAUUGGCUGAUUUAGAUGGAAAUCAGAUUUCAGUAUUAAUGGGAGAGCCGUACUUCAGCACCAGUCUUCUGCCGUGGCACUCUCUGUUCUUCUGGUACUGCCGCACUGCUCUAGCACAGCUGCUUCAGCCAGACGCCAUCAUCCUGCCCCGUGCUGCCACUCUGUACGCAGUCGCUGUGGAGUUUCAGGAUCUGUGGAGAAUCCGGUUCCCCUGUGGCACUUGCGAGGGCUUUGAUGUCAGUCCGAUGGAUGAGAUGAUUCAGCGAUCUUUGGAUUUCCGUGAGUCCUGGGAGGCAGAGCCGCAUCCGCUUUGGGAAUAUCCAUGUCGUGCUCUGACCAAACCACGGCCAGUCAUGACGUUUGACUUCACUCAGUGCGUUCCUGAACAACCAAUCAGCAGUGAUGGAGCUGUGCCGUUCACUGGACGAGGACGAUGUCAUGGUGUGGCUCUGUGGAUGGAGUAUCAGCUGACUGAUGACAUCAGUGUCAGCAUGGGCCUCACCAAAGCAGUCAGCCAAGAGGGAGCUUGUGAAUGGAACCCACACCGGAAACAAGGAGUGUUUUUCUUCAGAUCUGCGAAGGAAACUUCUGGUGAUGGAAGAGAAGAUCUUUCCUAUAAUUUAACCUUUGAACCUCAUACUGGUGACAUUAAAAUGGACUUCUCCAUCACUGAAUCUUGACCACUGAUUGUAAGUCUCAGAUGAACUAGGUUUCAAUUUUUAUCCUCUGGGUAAUAUUGAAGUGUGCUGAAAUACUUAUCAGAAUGUAUCGCACUGUAUAUGGCACCAUACUAGCUCCAUGAUGCUGUAUAAAGUAGUGUUUGAAGUGAAAUGCAGAGGCUUCAUGUAUUGAGUUUUUCCUUAAGCAUUUUAGCUUAAAUGACCUUAUGCUAUAGAGGAAGCAAAAAAUAUGCUGUGGAUUUUCAAAUAAAACUAUCUAUACUCAAACUGGAGAA